AUGAGGCCGAGGCCCGACGGGCGGGGGCUCCGGGCGGGGGCCGCGCUGUCGCCCGCGCUGCUGCUGCUGCUGCUGCUGCUGCUGCCACCGCCGCCGCCUCCGCUGGGCCGCCUGUGGGCGGCGGGCACCCCCGCGCCGCCGGCGUCCGGGGCUCGGCAGGACGGCGCGCCGGGCAUGGGCCGCGUGAAGCGCGGCUGGGUGUGGAACCAGUUCUUCGUGGUGGAGGAGUACACGGGCACCGAGCCCCUGUACGUGGGCAAGAUCCACUCGGACUCAGACGAGGGUGACGGGGCCAUCAAGUACACCAUCUCAGGCGAGGGGGCUGGGACCAUCUUCCUGAUUGAUGAGCUGACGGGUGACAUCCACGCCAUGGAGCGCCUGGACCGGGAGCAGAAAACCUUCUACACACUGCGGGCCCAGGCUCGGGACCGCGCCACCAACCGUCUCCUGGAGCCCGAGUCGGAGUUCAUCAUCAAGGUGCAAGACAUCAACGACAGCGAGCCCCGCUUCCUGCAUGGCCCCUACAUUGGCAGUGUGGCCGAGCUCUCACCCACAGGCACGUCGGUGAUGCAGGUAAUGGCCUCGGAUGCAGAUGACCCCACGUACGGCAGUAGUGCUCGGCUGGUGUACAGCGUGCUGGAUGGAGAGCACCACUUCACCGUGGACCCCAAGACCGGUGUGAUCCGGACGGCUGUGCCUGACCUUGACCGCGAGAGCCAGGAGCGCUAUGAGGUGGUGAUCCAGGCCACAGACAUGGCGGGCCAGCUGGGCGGCCUCUCUGGCUCCACCACCGUCACCAUCGUGGUCACCGAUGUCAACGACAACCCGCCCCGUUUCCCACAGAAGAUGUACCAGUUCAGCAUUCAGGAGUCGGCCCCCAUCGGCACGGCCGUGGGACGAGUGAAGGCCGAGGACUCGGACGUGGGCGAGAACACGGACAUGACUUACCACCUCAAGGAGGAGAGCGGCAGCGGCGGCCACGUGUUCAAGGUCACCACGGACAGCGACACUCAGGAGGCCAUCAUCGUAGUGCAGAAGCGCCUGGACUUCGAGUCCCAGCCCGUGCACACCGUGGUCCUGGAGGCCCUCAACAAGUUCGUGGACCCCCGCUUCGCCGACCUGGGCACAUUCCGCGACCAGGCGAUCGUGCGCGUGGCCGUGACCGACGUGGACGAGCCCCCCGAGUUCCGGCCGCCCUCCGGCCUCCUGGAGGUGCAGGAGGACGCGCAGGUGGGCUCCCUGGUCGGCGUGGUGACGGCGCGGGACCCCGACGCCGCCAACCGGCCCGUCCGGUACGCCAUUGACCGGGACUCGGAUUUGGACCAGAUCUUUGAUAUCGAUGCGGACACGGGCGCCAUUGUGACGGGCAAGGGGCUGGACCGCGAGACGGCGGGCUGGCACAACAUCACGGUGCUGGCCAUGGAGGCAGACAAUCAUGCCCAGCUAUCCCGGGCCUCCCUAAGGAUCCGAAUCCUGGAUGUGAACGACAAUCCCCCAGAGCUGGCCACACCCUACGAGGCAGCUGUGUGUGAGGAUGCCAAGCCAGGCCAGCUCAUCCAGACCAUCAGCGUGGUGGACAGAGACGAGCCCCAGGGUGGGCACCGCUUCUAUUUCCGCCUGGUGCCUGAAGCUCCCAGCAACCCCCAUUUCUCUCUGCUCGACAUCCAAGACAACACGGCCGCCGUGCACACACAGCACCUGGGCUUCAACCGGCAGGAGCAGGACGUGUUCUUCCUGCCCAUCCUGGUGGUGGACAGCGGGCCGCCCACGCUGAGCAGCACAGGCACGCUCACCAUCCGCAUCUGUGGCUGCGACAGCUCGGGAGCCAUCCAGUCCUGCAACACCACGGCCUUUGUCAUGGCCGCCUCCCUCAGCCCUGGCGCCCUCAUCGCCCUCUUGGUCUGCGUCCUCAUCCUGGUUGUGCUGGUGCUGCUGAUCCUCACCCUCAGACGCCACCACAAGAGCCACCUGAGCUCGGACGAGGACGAGGACAUGCGGGACAAUGUCAUCAAAUACAACGACGAGGGCGGCGGCGAGCAGGACACCGAGGCCUACGACAUGUCGGCGCUGCGGAGCCUCUACGACUUCGGGGAGCUCAAAGGCGGCGACGCGGGCGGCGGCGGCGGCGGCGGCGGGGGCCCGGGCGGGGGCGCGGGCAGCCCCCCGCCGGCGCGCCUGCCCUCGGAGCGCCACUCGCUGCCGCAGGGGCCGCCGAGCCCCGAGCCGGACUUCUCGGUGUUCAGGGACUUCAUCAGCCGCAAGGUGGCGCUGGCGGACGGGGACCUGUCGGUGCCGCCCUACGACGCCUUCCAGACCUACGCCUUCGAGGGCGCGGACUCGCCGGCCGCCUCGCUCAGCUCGCUGCACAGCGGCUCGUCGGGCUCCGAGCAGGACUUCGCCUAUCUCAGCAGCUGGGGCCCGCGCUUCCGGCCCCUGGCCGCGCUCUACGCCGGCCACCGCGCGGACGACGAGGCCCCGGCCUCCUAG